AUGGGAACCACUUCAGGACCACAGUUCCUAUCAGAGGAUGGAUUGCCGUACGGUAUGCCAAGUGGAGCAAGCCCCGCGCUACACCCUAGCACCCCUUUCGGUAAUCCUCCUACGCUUCAGACCACGGUCGAAGCGGAGCUUCUGGCUCAGACGACCUCCCUUCGAAAGGAGAUGGCUAAACUCCAAGAACGUAAUAAUCUCCUUUCGUCCAAAGUAGACGAAACCCAACGGUUGCUUAAUCAGCAGGAAACACAAAACGCUCAAACCACCGAAUCUUCCCAGAGUCAGUAG